GUGUCCUCUGUGUCAAACACAGAGAUGUAAAAAUGAUCGAAAACGCUCCGGAUAAACGGAUUUACCGUCGCCCUCGGCAGAAGUUUGGGUCAUUUAUAUACUGGAAUUACCUCCACGCUUCGCGUUUUAGUCGGUUGUUUUAGGCUGAGCCGAGAAAAACUGCUUUACGUUACUUUUCUUUGAGUUUCGGACCGGGAGACACUCAUUGUCGUCGAACUUUAGCGACCAUUGAGCUAACCGGAGAGAAACUAGCUGCGCUCGGUAAACACGAGCAUGUUAGCCGGCGUCACGCGGGCGGUGCUUGGCUUACUUCUCCUAUUUACUCGAAGUUAAACUCGCAGAAGAAGGAAGAGCCGAGGCGGGUCGGACCGGGGUUUAGCAGGAAGCGGCAGGAACCGAAGGCGGAGACGGGAGGAUGAUGUCCCGGAGGCGGCUGGACAGUCGAAGCGGUCUGCCCGCCGGGCUGCUGGGGGACUCCCAGACCCGGAUCAGCCCGGAGCCGAUGGAGAGCGUCUAUGACGUCACUGGAGAGCUGGGGAGGGGGAAGUUCGCGGUGGUGAAGCGCUGCGUGGAGAAAACCUCGGGGAAGGCGUUCGCCGCCAAGUUCCUACGGAAGAGGCGUCGAGGGCGGGACUGCCGGGGCGAGGCGGUCCACGAGAUGGCCGUCCUGGAGCUGGCCCGGAACAACCCGCGGGUCGUCAACCUGCACGCCGCGCACGAGACCGACCACGACAUCAUCCUCAUCCUGGAGUACGCGGCGGGGGGAGAGAUCUUUGACCUGUGCGUGUCCGAGGAGCUGCUGCCCGAGGCCCAAAUCACCCGUCUGAUCAGACAGACCCUGGAGGGGGUCCACCAGCUCCACCAGACCAACCUGGUUCACCUGGACCUGAAGCCCCAGAACAUCCUGCUGACCCACCUGUCCCCUCCUGGGGACAUCAAGAUCGUGGACUUCGGCCUGGCGCGCCGUCUGGGUGGGGCCGGAGAGCUGCGGGAGAUUAUCGGCACGCCGGAGUACGUAGCUCCAGAGGUUCUGAAUUAUGAGCCCAUCACAACAGCGACUGACCUGUGGAGCGUCGGCGUCAUCGCCUACAUGUUGGUGACGGGCGAGUCUCCGUUCGCCGGAGACGACAAGCAGGAGACGUACCUGAACGUGUCCCAGGUCAACGUGGACUACAGCAGCGAGUCCUUCUCCAGGGUCUCCGAGCUCUCCGUGGACUUCAUCCGCAAGCUGCUGGUCAAAGCUCCGGAGGACAGGCCGAGCGCCGCCGAGUGCCUCAGCCACCCCUGGUUGUGGCACCAGCAGCUGUACCUGAACCCGGAGCCGGUCCCAGCCCGGCCCGUCCGAGAGAGGAGCUGUGGCGCCAAGUGGGCGGCCCAAAUGGAAGACCCCGAGGACAAGGAGAACUUCCUGGACUCGUCCCACUCUCACGCCAAGAAGUCCCGCCUGGAGGAGGAGGCGCCCGGAGACGGAGAUGUUUGACGACUGGAGGAGACGGGUCGGGUCCAGAUCGGGGGUCACUUUUAAAUCCUUUUAAUGACAGAAAACUUCACUUUAACCUGCUUUGAUGUCAGACGGACCACAAGAGCCAAAGAUAACCAGUUAAUGAUCCCCGUUGUAACCUGAAGUGUUUGAUUCUCCUGAAGUUCUGAUAAAGGCCCGUGUUCUGAA